CUCUCUGUUUCUCUCUCUGUCUCUCUCUCUCUCUCUCAGAGUAACAAACCCAAGAUUUUUGUAACUCUUUUCUCUUUCUUUUAUUAGGGCUUUUUGCCUUUUGGGGGUUUUUUUUUUCUCUUCUAAAGAGCAGGGAAAAAAAAAACUGUCUUCUCUAUGGCAGAAGAGAGCGGUGCCCCUGUGAGUUGUUCGGAUUUGCCCGUUAAAAGGCCGAGAGAAGAUGAAGAAAACGGGGUUUCUGCAGCUGCCAUGGAAACGGAAGGUGAUAAAAGUAACGCUUCCAAUAACGUUAAGGAAGCUGAUGGGAUAUCCUCUGUUAUUCCUGGAUGGUUCUCUGAGAUUAACCAAAUGUGGCCUGGAGAGGCACAUUCUUUAAAGGUUGAAAAGAUCUUAUUUCAAGGAAAGUCUGAUUACCAGAAUGUUAUGGUCUUCCAGUCAUCAACAUAUGGGAAGGUCCUUGUUUUGGACGGUGUGAUUCAGCUCACAGAGAGGGAUGAAUGUGCAUAUCAAGAAAUGAUUACUCACCUUCCUCUUUGCUCCAUUCCAAAUCCAAAGAAGGUUUUGGUUAUUGGUGGUGGAGAUGGUGGAGUUCUACGGGAAGUUUCUCGUCAUUCUUCUGUUGAGCAGAUUGACAUCUGUGAAAUUGAUAAGAUGGUAGUUGAUGUUUCUAAAGAAUUUUUCCCUGAUGUAGCUGUUGGUUAUGAGGAUCCCCGUGUGACCCUUCAUAUUGGUGAUGGAGUUGCAUUUUUGAAGGCUGUUCCAGAAGGUACUUAUGAUGCCGUUAUAGUGGAUUCUUCUGACCCAAUAGGUCCGGCACAAGAGCUCUUUGAGAAGCCCUUUUUUGAGUCAGUGGCAAAGGCUCUUCGUCCAGGUGGAGUAGUCUGUACUCAGGCAGAAAGUAUCUGGCUACAUAUGCACAUAAUUGAGGAUAUUGUAGCGAACUGCCGCCAAAUCUUCAAAGGCUCCGUUAACUAUGCAUGGACUACGGUUCCUACAUACCCAAGUGGUGUGAUUGGUUUCAUGCUUUGCUCAACUGAGGGACCUCCUGUUGACUUCAAGCAUCCUGUGAACCCUAUUGACAGUGAUGAUAGCUGCUGCAAAUCAAAACGACCCCUAAGGUUUUACAACUCUGAGAUUCAUUCGGCUGCUUUCUGUUUGCCAUCCUUUGCGAAGAAGGUGAUUGAUUCAAAACAUUAGGGAUGGAAAUUUUGAAGAUCAUUUACAAAUUUUGAGUUAUUGUGGGAGCAUUGGUUUUUAUCCAUGCUUGAUGGUCUCAUGUAGUGAUGAACCUUGGAUUUAUAAGUUCAAUUAAUGUUAUUGUUAUGUGGAAGAGAAUUUGUAGUAUGAUCGUUGAAGGACACUGGUCUUUCUGUUUUCUACCAGUCUACAAGUCCAUAAGGGAUAAUGGUCAUUUAGUUGAUAUAAAUGGCUCUUCCUUGACAUCAUUCAUCUGAUUCACAACUUUGUGUUAUAUUCUUUUUUAAAUAUAUACCAUGGAUGUUUGAGAUCGUUCA